GCAUUCCAUCUCUUCAACAUCCCCUGAUUUCAGAAAUGGCCUCCAUGUUUUCCAGAUCCGAGAUGUCUAACAUUGCAUCCACAUUGCUCUCCACCUACGCCUCCUUUGCCGGAACCUUAAUGCUCCUCCGAACCAUGGCAAGAGAGCUCAUUCCUGAGCAGCUCAGAUCUUACUUCUUCUCCCUUUUUCACUACCUCUUCACUCCUCCCUCUACCAACCUCACUCUCGUUAUCAACGAAUCCAGCGGGGUGUCAAGUAAUGAAGUCUACAAUGCCGCCGACCUCUAUCUUGCCACCAAGAUCAGCCCCAAAACAGAGAGGCUCAAGCUCAGCAAAACCGAGAGGCAAAAGAAUUUCGCGAUGUCAAUCGAAAAGGAUGAAGAGGUCGUCGAUAUUUUUGAGGGAAUUGAGUUGAAAUGGAGGUAUAACUGCAUAGAGCCUCGCGAAAAGCAUUCUGCAGAGAAAAAAUUCUUUGAACUCAGCUUCAACAAGAAGUUCAAAGAUAAAAUCGUCGACUUUUAUUUACCUCAUGUUUUGGCCAGGGCUAAACAAAUCAAAGAAGAGUCCAAAGUGGUUAAGAUCUAUAAUCGUGACUGUCCUUGCGGCGAUGAUGAUACUGGCAUCUGGGGUUCCAUGAAUCUUGAGCAUCCAGCCACAUUUGACACCGUAGCCAUGGAUUCGGAGCUGAAGAAGAUGAUAAUCGAUGAUUUGGAGAGGUUCGUGAGGAGGAGAGAGUUCUACAAGAAAGUGGGGAAGGCCUGGAAACGAGGGUAUUUGUUGUACGGCCCUCCAGGCACUGGAAAAUCGAGUUUGAUUGCUGCCAUGGCCAAUUACCUCAAGUUUGAUAUAUAUGAUCUGGAGCUUGCAAGUAUAUACUCCAAUUCGAACUUGAGAAACGUAUUGUUAUCAACAACUAACAGGUCAAUUAUUGUGAUCGAGGACAUAGAUUGCAGCAUUCAGGUUCAAGACAGAGAAAAUGGCUUAGAAUCUGAUAAUUCAAACAGAAGGGUGGGUACCAUUUUCGGAUGCUUUGGUGCAAGGGCUUUCAAAUGCUUAUCCAUUAUUCUAGAUUACCCAUCAAUAAUACCAAGUCUUGCAACAUAUGGACUAAGAUGCAGUGAUGCACAUAAAUGCACGUGGUAUGUGCAGAGGUGUGUCUGCAUGUGAUAGAGAGAGAAGCUUUACUUGCAUCUGUAGAACUCCCUAUGGUAGAAGUGACAAACCACCUUCUCAGUCCCAGUAACCUCACCCAAGAAAUCUCCUUCACUUACCUCUCUGUACUUUCCAUGUCCUAGCCUUUUUAAGGCUUCUCACUUCUCAGCUUCUUUCCAUUCAAAUAAAUCCUAAUGUGAUUA